ACAUACCCACACACACACACAUGUAUUGAUAUGUAUGUGUGUGUGUUGUAUAUUAUAUACGAAAAAUUAUUAUUAUCAUUAUUAUUAUUACUAUUAUUAUUAUUAUGUACGUUACCUGUGUACAUAAUAUUUUUUCACGUUUCAUUUCAAGUUAGUGUGUUCGUUUCGUAGGUAGUCCGUGUGUCGUGCAGUGCUGUGCGGUCCGUAUAUGAUGAUUGAAUCGUUUUUUUUUUUUUUGUUUUGUUUUAAUUUAAUUUAAUUUAAUUUUUCCGUAUUAUUACCUUAGUUUUUGUUAACAAAAAAAAAAAAAAAAAAAAAAAUAAUAAUAAUAAAAAAUAGCUAAUUACCGAAAUAGUUUUUGUGCGAUUUGGUGCAUGAUUUAUAUCACACAUAAUACACCUAUCUAUCACGUAUCGUCGUCCUCCUGAAGUCCAACGAGAAUAACAUAAUGACCGAUACCUUCGACGACGUCUACGCUCGGUAUGCCCGACCAUCAACAGGACUGCUGUCCUAGCGUGUGCACCUUUCGUUUCAGCCUGACGCGUCCCAUGUUUGAAUAUUUUUCAAGUGAUCAAUGCCAUGCAACACUGAACCUCAUUGGUACUGCAGUUUAAAAUAAAUCAAAUCCAUGAAAAUCUAUACUUCUUUAAAUCCACUUACAUGUAUGUAGCGACGUGAAACAACGAGUAAGAAGUAUUCGUCUUUGGCCAGUUUUCAAGGGGACAGUCUUAGCAAAUUUACGAAAUGGGGUCCAUGUUCAGGAGUGAGGAAAUGGCCUUAUGUCAGCUUUUCAUACAGCCAGAAGCCGCUUACGCAUCUGUGGCUACAAUGGGUGAAGCAGGAGUUGUACAAUUUCGAGACUUAAAUAGCGAAAUGAACGUCUUCCAGCGAAAAUUUGUCAGCGAAGUACGACGUUGUGAUGAACUAGAACGUAAAUUACGCUAUAUUCAAGCUGAAGUGCACAAAGACCACGUGCAUGUCCCUGUACCGGAAAGCAGCGUUUUCCCAUUUGCUCCCAAUCCAAGGGAAAUUAUUAACCUAGAAUCACAAUUAGAACGCACAGAGAGCGAAAUUUUAGAGCUUAGCCAUAAUGCAGUUAAUCUAAAAUCUAACUACCUCGAGCUCACAGAACUUAGACAUGUUCUUGAAAAAACACAUGCAUUUUUUGAAGAGCUUGAUAUGGAUUUCUUAGACCAAGACGGUGUCAGUACAACAGGCACAGAUUCUCUGACAAAAGCUCUAAUUAGCGAUGAAGCUCUAAAUAGUCAGUCCCAAGUCACUCGGGGCCGCCUUGGGUUUGUUGCCGGAGUCGUGCCCCGAGAACGAGUACCUGGUUUUGAGCGUAUGUUAUGGCGUAUCAGCCGAGGAAAUGUAUUUUUACGGCGGGCAGAACUCGAAGAUUCGCUCGAAGACCCAUCUACAGGAAACGAAAUUUUCAAAACUGUAUUUGUUGCGUUCUUCCAAGGAGAACAGCUCAAGUCAAGGGUGAAAAAAGUCUGCUCUGGGUUCCAUGCUUCAUUUUAUAAUUGCCCAAGUGCACAUUCUGAAAGACAAGAAAUGUUAAAGGGAGUUAAAACAAGACUAGAAGAUUUGAAUAUGGUGCUAAAUCAAACAAGAGACCAUAGGCAACGUGUGUUGACAACUGUAACAAAAGAUUUACAUAAUUGGGGUGUUAUGGUUCGAAAAAUGAAAGCUAUCUACCAUACCCUUAAUCUAUUCAACAUGGAUGUUACCAAAAAGUGUCUGAUCGGUGAAUGUUGGAUACCAAUAAAAGACUUAGCAUUCAUCAGGCACACAUUGGCUGAAGGCAGUAAAGCUGUAGGAAGCUCAAUACCUUCGUUUUUAAACAUAAUCGACACUAAUGAAAAUCCACCAACGUUCAAUCGAACUAAUAGGUUCACGCAGGGCUUCCAAAAUUUGGUGGAUUCAUACAGCGUCUCUGGUUAUCGAGAAGUUAAUCCCGCCUUAUACACUAUAAUCACAUUUCCAUUUCUAUUUGGGGUAAUGUUUGGUGAUGCUGGCCAUGGAAUAAUUUUAACAUUAUUUAGCGCAUAUAUGGUCAUAUAUGAACAACAAUUGUCUAAAACAAAGUCUUCUAAUGAAAUUUGGAACAUAUUUUUUGGAGGUCGCUACAUAAUCUUGCUCAUGGGAUUUUUUUCAAUAUACACUGGUAUUAUAUAUAACGAUGUGUUUUCAAAGUCCAUAAAUUUGUUCGGCUCCAGUUGGUCAAAUAACGAAAGUCCAAGUUCUAUCCUUGGAAACAAAAGUAUCACAUUAGAUCCUGCUACCAAAGAUUAUUCGCAGGAACCUUAUCCAUUGGGACUAGAUCCAGUUUGGCAGGUUGCUGUUAAUAAAAUAAUAUUUCUAAAUUCGUACAAAAUGAAAUUAUCAAUAAUUUUUGGAGUCGUACAUAUGAUGUUUGGCGUUGUACUCAGUGUUGUCAAUCACGUACAUUUCAACAAAAAAAUCAACAUACUUUUACAGUUCAUACCGCAAAUGUUAUUUUUGGUAUUGUUAUUUUUGUACAUGGUAUCUCUAAUGUUCAUGAAAUGGGUCUGGUAUGGUCCUAAAAAUCCUUUAAAGACCAGUCCUAGAUGUGCACCAUCUGUACUUAUUAUGUUUAUUAAUAUGAUGCUUUUCAAACACACGAAACCAUUCGACGGAUGUGACGAAUAUAUGUUUGAAGGACAAGAUCGUUUACAAAAGAUCUUUGUUACAAUCGCUAUGUUAUGUAUCCCGGUAAUGUUAUUUGGCAAACCGUUGUACAUAAUUUUAUAUGAGAGACGUCGCAAGAAACAUACGUCGGAUAGCUGCGGAGAGUUGAACGGUAGCAUCGAACUUAAAGAAACUGAAUUAAGUGGCAUGCUCAACGAGGUUGCUGGUCAUGAGGAGGAAGAACCGGCUUCUGAAAUAUUCAUUCAUCAGUCAAUUGAAACCAUUGAAUACGUGUUGAGCACUGUUUCACAUACAGCUUCGUAUCUUAGGCUUUGGGCGUUAUCUCUAGCACACGCACAACUAUCUGAAGUAUUGUGGAAUAUGGUUUUGAGAUUGGGCCUGACCAGCGAGACGCAUUGGGGUGCUAUCAAAUUAUAUAUUAUGUUCGGCGUGUGGUCUAUGUUCACGCUAGCGAUAUUAGUCAUGAUGGAAGGCUUAUCGGCUUUCCUACACACGCUCCGAUUGCAUUGGGUGGAAUUCAUGAGCAAGUUCUACGUUGGCAACGGACACGCAUUCCAGCCAUUUUGGUUCAAACACGUACUCGAAAAUGAAGAAGCUGUUGAGGACUGAAGUUUGCUUUUCGUAUACUUAAUUGUUUCACCCUUAUACUUGAACUUCUUUUUUAUUUUAUACCAGUUAGAUUUUUAAAUGUAUAAAAAAAAAUUUUAAUUUUUUUGAUUCGUUAUUGUUAUACAUAAUAAUAUGUUUAUCGUUGUUGAAUACUAUGUUGUAUCAAGUUUAUUAAGAAUAGGCCUUCUCUCUAUAUUUAUAUUCUAAUAUUGUAUUUUUAUUUUGCACUGCCACUAACUUACUGAAAACCGCCUUUAUUGCUUGUAUUCUGUGGCCAUUAUAAUAUUGCUAUAACGAUUUCAACAUUUUUUAUCGCGUACCUAUAUCAUAAUAUCACAUUUUUAUUAUUCAUGUCAAAAAUUCAAGGUAGCUUAUAUAUAUUUAUAAACAAUUGUAUUUAAAACUGCUACUCUUCGUAUUUAAGUACUUGAUACAGGUGGACACUGUAUGUCGCAGUUAUUUUUCUCUUUAGUUUUUAUUGUUGUACAGGGUCCUGACUUAUAAUACAUCUUUAUACGAUAAUAACGUGUUAGGUAGGUGACUAUAUUAUAAUUUAUCCUUCGUGUUAUUUUUGCUAUCGUACCAACACUACCAACACAUCUUUUUUUUUUAUGUAUGGAACAAAAUGUUCUUGCAUGGUGCAUACUAUAAUUAUUGAUUCAAUAGUUUAACAUAGUUAUCUAUAAUUCAUAACAAUAUUUUAAAAUACAAUUGUGAACAAUUUAAAAUCUACUUGACAAUCAUGAUCACGAUUUUAUUGUGUAUAUCUAUCCAAACCCCAAUAUUCUAACAUUUUACAUUUUUUGAAAUAAUAUUCAGUGCCUUAAUAUAUUGCUUCAAAUAUUUAAAUUGUAUAUAUAAUUAUACCCAUAUAUACAGAGUGAUUCACUAAACAUGCUCAAUACUUUUGUGAUUAGAUAAUGGCAUUUCUAUUACCCCAUCACUAUUAUUAUAUAUUAUACUAUAUUAUAGUGAGCGUGUUUAGCAAACCACAUUGUGUAAAGGUAUUAUAUGUAUAAUGUACAUCGUUAAUUUUUAUUAAUUCAUUACAUUCGAUUAGUAUUCUAAAUUAAGAUUAAGAUAAAUUUUGCCAAUUACUUCAUAGGUAAUUACUUUAAUGAACAUAACAUUUUUAGAUUUAAUUAAAAUAUUUUUAUUUAUUUUUGACAAUCGAAUUAAUAGGACGUACUACUAGGUGCUUUUAUAUCGGCCGUGUGUAUCUAAUAAUUAUUUACACGGACAUUAAUUAGUUUCGGAAAGUAAAUUUAUAUAUUUGUGUCUGACAAUCCACUUUUAAAACUUCGAACAUAAUCAUGCAUUUUCAUCAUAUAAUACGUCAUACAUAUAUUUUUUAAUUUAUCUUAUUUUAAACAGAUGUUAUAUCUUAUGCAUAUGAAGCAAUACGUUUUAAAAUUAUUAUUAUUAUUAUUAUUAUUAUUAUUAUUGUUCAUAUAUAUUAUACAGGUACAUAUAUAAGUAUAAAAAUAUCUAUAUUUUAUAACAAUUGCAACGAUGGACUAAAUAGAAAACUGAAAAAAAUAUUUAUACAUUAUAUACAAAUUAUGAUCGUAUCCUCUUAAAGUUUGUGAAAAUUUAUAAAAAUAAUUUUUUUGUAUUCUUUAAUUUCGAGUAUAAUAAAUUAGUAUUCACCGGGUUGGUAUGAAGCCUACAAUUCAAAACUUUUAGUUCUUACAACUCGAUGUUCUUGUCUAUUUUGUAUAAGCAUCUCAACUAUCUGUAGCGGUCCACCGUUGCCCAAUUGUUUUUUCUAGCAAUAAUAUUAAUUAUUUAUUAAUAAUACAUAUUCUAAAUAUAGAUUUUAUCUUGUUUUUUUAUACAAAUUAUAUGUUAAUUCUAUAUCGAUUACAGAUUAUUAUUAUAUAUAUAUAUAUUAUAUUAUAAUACAUAUUUAUAUAGUUGAGUAGGAUCUUACAUAAUAAUAAUAGUAUAAUUUAGAAUUAUUUAAUAAAUUUAUUUGAACGUAUAUAUUGUUAUUUAAAAUAUAGCUAUACAGACAUUUACCGUCAUUCGUAUAUACCUAAUGCUCAAUAAUCGGAAUUUAAUUUUAGAUAAAUUCGAAUUUAGAUAUUAUUUUAUCGACGAAAAAAAUACUAGGUUUAGUUCAUUUUCGUGUACAUAAAUAUACAAUAUAUAAUAAUUAUUCAGUAAAAACAAAAUAUUUGUAAUAACAUAUAGAAUGUACCUUAUACGAAUCAUUUAUGACAACAAUAUAAAAUAUAAUAUUAUCUUGUAAAGCUUAUUUGUUUUUUUCAUGUUUAUGCCAAAUGAUUUGUAAAAUAUAAAACAUAAAAAUCGAAUUUGGAAACUAAGUAGUUAUUUAGAAAUAAUAUCACAGAACCUUUUUAAAAAAAAAAAAAAAAAUAAGUACUUACGUACAAAAACUGUGACCAUUUUGAACGACAAGUUAUGGAAAAUUUCAUCCACGUAACAAGGAAACAGAAUUUUUUCAUUAUUAUAUCAUAAUUAUUAUUGACUAUAGCUUAUAGCGUAAAAAAUGUAUCUAUUUAGAAGUGUGUAUAUAUAUAUAUAUACACACAAUAGAUACAUUGUAACGAAAUUUUUCUUCAGUUUUCACCGCCCAUUUUUCCAAUCCGCCCAGUCGUACAAUAAUUAAUUAUCGUUAUAAUAUUAUUUAUAUUGUAUUGAAUUGAACGUCAAUUGAAUGCCUACAAUUGACCAUUAUUUUGUUUUACCCAUACAGAUACCUGCAUAAUAUACGACCACCAUAUAGCAUGUAAACAUACCUAGUUAAAAUGUAAUAUCUAUUGUAUUUAUUAUUAUAUUAUUAUUAUUAUUUUUAUUUUUAUUUGAUUUAUUUGUUGUUAUGACACUUUAGUGGGACCAAAAUAAUAUAUAAUAUUCAGUACCUAAUCAUUUAUUGUUACCCUAUAGAAGUAAUAAUUUUCUUUUUUCUUCUAUUUAUUUAUUUAUUAUUUAAUUUUUUUUUUUUUUGUACCGUGACAAAAUAGAUAGAUCUAGACAUAUUAUAAUAUCAAAGUAUUAUAUUACAGCAUAUUUAUAUGUUUAUGUAUUUUAUUUAGAGAUCUAUUUUGACACGGUACAAUUUAAAUAAUAUUUUUCGUAUAGAUUGUGGCACACAUUUCGUCGUAUUAUUUUUAUUGUAAUAAACCACCGUUGUUAUUUUACAAAUCUGAUAUGUUAUGCUUAGAGAAAUACCAUAUUAAAUUGUUUUAGAGUAUUUUGAUUCAUUUUUAAUUAUCUGUUUUUGUUUUGUUUAUUGUAUUGUAUUCAUUUAAAACUUCAAAAACGAGAAACAAAUGACGUUGACUGAAGUAUUAAAUAGGUAUUCGAAUGUAUAGCGCAUUCAUAUUAUGUAGAAUACGAAUUUGAACUUGUAAUUGCUCUAUGUGACUAAAAUUCUAAUAAAUAUAUUGCAAAAGUUGUUACAAAAAA